CCUGCGUUCUGUACCGCUCUAUCGUCGAAAACGAGUAGCCAGGGUAGUUUGAGAACCCUGCUCGACAAAGAUCGGGCGUUGUUCUUCAGUUCCAAACCACACUUCGUGAAUGAAUUGAAUACUGUGAUUUUUGUGUAGUUUCACCAAACCCAGUGCCAAUUUACCAACAUUUUGCCUUUGUGCAGUGUUUUUAUCUAGCAGUUCCGCAAAAUCAGUCAAGCUGUGGGGCGCCGGCGCCUUCUUGUUUCCCCCUCAGGGGAUGUAUUACCCGCAUAUGGUGCAGACGGGUAUGACAGCUCCUUUCCCAGGGGCUGCGACCGCCACACCAGCAGGCUUCCCAACACAAAAUGGCGAAGUCAAAUCUGGGGCGGAGGAUAAACCUACGGUGACUGCUCUCCUUCCGCCCCCAACAGGUGCCCCGGCACCAGGAGCAGGACCGCCUUUUAGCCCGCCACCCCCUCAACCCCCGACAACAGUGGAACCACCCGUCAGUAUAGCUUGUAGUCCCGUGACGUUGGCCGCUCAGGCACAGUCUCAGUAUAAAUGUGAACCUCUUUCAACAGAAACCGAAAAUGGCCCUACAGUCCAAGUUCCAACCUCAGAGUCCUCAGAUGGAACGGUAAAUCCAUCAGUAGCACAGGCAGCUUCAGAUAUUAUUAAGAAUCAACCAAAAAGGCUACAUGUCUCGAACAUUCCAUUCAGAUUUAGGGACCCAGAUCUUAGAGCAAUGUUUGGGCAAUUUGGCCCAAUAUUAGAUGUAGAAAUUAUUUUUAACGAAAGGGGAUCCAAGGGUUUCGGUUUUGUAACAUUCGCAAAUAGUGCUGAUGCGGAGCGCGCACGAGACCGUCUACAUGGCACCGUGGUUGAGGGAAGAAAAAUAGAGGUAAAUAAUGCAACUGCAAGAGUACAAACCAAAAAACCUCCAGCGUUACCUACAGUCCCAGUGAUACAAUGGUCUGACGCGACGCUGCGAGCGGGAGUCGCCGCCAUUCAACGCGGCAGGGCAAGAGCCGCAUAUCCUUCAGCUGCGGCAGCAGCUGCAGCUGCAGCAGCUUUUACCAGGCAUCCCACACCUCUCACAGCCGGUUCAUUACACGGAUACACUCCAGUGUUAAAUACCUUACCAGUGGAAGGAGGAGUGUAUUAUGACCCCUUCCUAGCUGCGCACGCUGCUGACCAGAAUUAUUCAAGGCUGCAGGCAGCCGCAGCAGCAGCCGCAGCGACACCCUUACUAAAAACACCCCUAUCGACUGCUCAACAGGCGAGCUACGCGGCAGCGGCGAGCUACACAGCGGUAGCUGCGAGAUAUGGAGCAGCGGCAGCCGCCCAACCAGUGGCUGGGUACGCGGCGGUUGCAGGAUAUGGCAGGGAUUACGGAGAUCCUUAUUUGGGACAUGGAAUCGGACCGAUAACUGGAUAUGGGAUGUAUCGUAGCAGUUACAACCGUUUCACGCCAUACUGAACAUAUCAGCAGCUCCGUAAGGCCUACCAAGCUAAAUACUCAAAUUAAAAAAAAAACUAUUGUUACUCGUCUUGUGUACGUAGCACAAUGCAGCACAAAACAAACAUUAUGAUUUUAUGAUAAAUAAGGAAAAUAAGAGCCAAAGAGCUGAAAACUCACUAACGUAAAAGCCCUUGUGAUAGCCCAAAAAAGCUAACCCAGCUCUCUAACGUUUAAGCAUUAGAAUUAAGUUAAAAGUUUCCGUAAACUUAUACUCUACAAGGAUAUGUAUUGCGAUUCCAAAUGCAUCUCUUUGCUUUUUCCGUACAAGUAGUUUAAUUCAUAAUAUGAGUAAAGACGAAAGGUAUAAUGUGAACUGGUGGUUGAUUAGUCACAGUUAAAGUCUAACAAGCUCUCUAAGAGACUGCUAUUGUUCGAAGUGUGAAAUUCCAUAAACAAGGUCUCUUAGAUAUCUUGAUAGACUAUACCGCACACGAUACUGUUCAAUAAGUACUGAUAAUAUUCCAUAGUAUAGUUAUACACUUCUCCAAACAAUUAACACACCACCUUAAAAGUGUGUCACUUUUGAUUUUGAAUUUCCUAAUCUUUAGGUGAUUUUUUAAAUAUGUCAUAGCCUUAUUCUUUAACAAUAUCGCUGUAAUAAUAUUGUUGCUAGAUAGGUAAAUUGUCAUUGUGUACCUGGUGUACCAAUCAAACUGUGAUAUUUUCUCAAAGUUCGCGUCACCCUAUGGAAUAUUCUAGCAUUUAUAAAAUGCUGAAAUUAAAACCCAACUGUAGCGUCAUGUUUUCUUAACAUUCUCUUACAGUUUGCUUUAUAAACGUGUGUCCGCAAAUGCUUCGUUGCCGAGAUAGAGGGUGUUAAAAAUUUUCUUACAAACUGACGAUUUAUUUAUUGCUCUAAAACCGGUGAGAUAUGCAAAUAAAAUUUGGUUGGUUUUAAAAGGUAGUUAUUGCGCAUUUUUUUGAUAUACAAUUAGAAAUUUAAUAUUCACCAUUGGCGCGCAUACGGGUAAUAUGACCCUUAUGUGCGCCAAUGGUGAACAUAAAAUUCUUAAUUGUAUGUCAAACAAUGCACAAUAACUACCUCUUAAAAUCCACCAAAUUGGAUUUGCACACCUCAACCGGUUUUAGAGCAAUAAAUAAAUCGUUAGUUUGUAAGAAAAAUUUCAACACCCCCUAUUUCGGAAACGAAGCAUUUGCGGACAUACAUUUAUAAAGCAAACUGUCAUUAUUUUUUCAUGUAAAUUACCCUUUAUAGUUUGCCAUACUUAUUUAAAAACACCUUGAAUUGAUGAAAAACAAGGCUAGUUGUUAAAGUACCUAACUUUUUUAUUAUCCAACAUAAGCGAAUGAAUCAAAAAACAGAAUGUUAAGAAAACAUGAGGCUAUAGUUGGAUUUUAAUUUUAUAAAUGCUAGAAUAUUCCACAGGGUGACCCGAAAUUUGAGAAAAAAUCAGUUUGAUUGGUAAACUCGGUGUACAACAUUAUUACAGCGAUAUUGUUAAAGAAUAAGGCUUUAGCAUGUUAAAAAAAUCACUUAAAUCGGACGACAGGUAAGAAAUUGGAGACAUUAAAAAUGACAAAUUUGUAAGGUGGUGCGUUAAUUUCUUGCAGAAGUGUAUUACACCGUAAAGUUAUAUUUCACAAAUUCUUGAAAUUAACAGACUUCACUACCGAAGGAACAAAGUAUGAGGAAAAGCCUUAGAGAUGCAUAUGGACCGCACUGUAAUAAAAAGUGGACCACCGGUGCUUACAUGGACCACCAAUUAUUGAGCUUUCUUGUUGGUUUAGCAUAGAGUCUGAGAACAACUUUGGUCUUGUCAUAACAGAUUAGGUAUAUUUUUCACCGGAUCUUUUUGUUACUCUCGUUCUCAGGCUCUAUCUGAAAUCCAUAUUGUUUCUGAAUCUCAGAUAUAGAUGAGGUGAACUUUGUGACAAAACUAGAAUAGACUAUAUUACUUCCUUUGUAGUAGUAGAAGAGAAAUAGCACAUUUGAUGCUAGUGAGAAUAGCUCUUUAAAUAAGUAUAAUACUGGUAAAUAUGAUUUAUGAUUAAUUUAUGUAAAAGUAGAUUUAACAGAUUUGAUAUAAUUUUGGGAAAUAUGCCGUAUUCUUAAAUGAAGAUUUUAUGUUGAUACCGAAUAGAAUAAACUUGACUGUAUGCCUUAUGUGACUAUUUUCUCUGUUUCUUUUAUUCUAUGUACCUUUUCCAUUGAUUCUUACAAUUUUAAUAAAAGCAACAUUUUUAAGAAUUUAAACAAUCAUCCUCCUCCAUCUCUUACUGAGGUUGGCGACCAGUAUGUCAAAGUCUGGUCUAUUGAGGGCUUGAUAUAUGAGAGCUCUGCUUUUAGUUCUGGUCCUUCCUCUUGUAGCGCCUAUCCCUUUCGGAAGUUGGCGACCAUCAUGGCAAGCUUUACUUUGCACACUUCUUCUUAACAUGCCCUAUCAAGUCCCCUUGACGUUGGCGAUUAACAUGGCGAAACUGUCUCUGUCUCGAGCUAUUCUAAAUAGGUGUUCUGCUUUCUUUAUUCCUGUCCACUCCCGGAUAUUCUUCAAACAAGAGGCCUGCUUUCUACCAAUUCCUCUGCGUCCUUUGAUUUUACCCAUCAUAAUAAGACUAUUAUACCGGUCUUCCCUUACUACGUGUCCAAAAUAGGCCAUCUUUCUAUAUUUGAUGUUAUCAAGCAGCUCGCGGGUAGCAUUUGCUCUCUUAAGGACUGCCACAUUUGUCAGCAUAGCCGUCCAUGGUAUUUUCAGAAUACGUCUGUGCAGCCACAUUUCAAAGUCCUCCAAACGGUUAAUGGUGGAUAUUUUUAAUGUCCAUGCUUCGACACCAUACAAGAGGACUGACCAAAUGUAGCAUUUAAUCAUGCGCUUUCGAAGUUGAAGUUGCAAGGUAUCAUUACAGAAGAAUGACCCCAUUUUUAAAAAUGUCGUGCGGGCUAUCUCGAUUCUACAUUUUAUCUCUUUAUCUGGAUCUAGUUGUUCAGUAAUAUGGCAACCAAGAUAUUUAAAACUGGGUACUCUUUGAAUUAUAUGACCAUCAACAUAUAAACGUGAAUCUUGAUGGACCAAACGGCUAAAUACCAUGUAUUUUGUUUUUGAACAGUUUAUAUUUAGGCCAAACUCUCUUCCCACUGUGUCAAUGGCAUUUAAAAGGUGUUGUAAUCCAUUCAUAUCAUCACUUAAAAUAACUGUAUCGUCUGCAUAUCUGAUUGUAUUUAUCAGAAUUCCAUUAACCUUCACACCCCAUUCCAAAUUAUGCAGCGCUCCUUAAAUAUUCUAUCUGAAUACAAAAAUUGAAUGGGUUGCAUAUGUGAGUCCAUAUUAAAUAUAGUAAUGAAACACAGACCUACUCACAAUCAUUUAAUUAUACUUUGACGACCGGUUUCGAUCUCUACAAUAUACAGAUCAUCUUCAGGUCGGCGUUACAAGUAGUUAAAUGCUACAAUAAGAGAAAACUUGUGUUAGAACAAUGUCUGAUUGAAGAGAUGUUAAUAGAAAGCCAAAUUUAAAAAAUUUUAUAAAAUUUUUUGAAAUAAAGGUUUCCAACUGUUGACAUUUCAGAAUAUUGGUAUAUACAAAGGCACACCUAUGAGUAAAAAUGCUCAUAGGCAUGUAUGUGCAAAUGGGUGCAUACAGUUUGUGAAUUUGUUGAGAUUAAAAUUUUUAACCAUUAAAAAACAAAAGAAAUAUAAGCUGACUUAAAUAUGCUUCCAAAUUCAAAGUAGUAAUAAUAAAAGAGAUAGUAAUAUUGUUCUAAUCUACUUACAUGCCGUUACAAGGAUUGCGUUGCAACUUAGUUGUUGUCAUAUUAGUACGUCCAAAUUAUGCUAAUUGGUUUGUUGGGAUAGUGAUAGGGUAAACCUACGUAACCUACGUAACAUGUCUGUUUACCCUAUCACUAUCCCAACAAACCAAUUAGCAUAAUUUGGACGUACUAAUAUGACAACAACUAAGUUGCAACGCAAUCCUUGUAACGGCAUGUAAGUAGAUUAGAACAAUAUUACUAUCUCUUUUAUUAUUACUACUUUGAAUUUGGAAGCAUAUUUAA